AUGGGAAAAAACGUGGAACCUCGCUUGUGGAUCAACGUGAAAAAAACGAAACGAGGGAAAGUGAUACCGUGCAUGGAGGAAACGACGGCGCUGAUGACGGCGCUGAAGAAAAACAACUUCGACAUGAGCAAGUGCAUGCGGGAGUCAGAUUUGUUGGAUAAGUGCACGAGCACGCACGCGAAAACGCCAAAGGUGAAGAAUACGAUUAACUUUCACUUGCAAAGGCUGGCGAGGAUGGCGAAAGUUGCGAGAUGA